AUGCCUGAAUGUCGGGACAGUGCUGAUGGAGACAAUGUCUUCACCCAGAAAUGUUGCACACUUCAGCCACGUGAGCCACGCAACUUUGACCCGAGCUUCAGAGGACCUAUACAUAACAGGGCCUGCACGGAUGUGUUGUGCUGUGUCAUCUUCGUCAUCGUCAUCCUCGGCUACAUCGCUCUGGGCACUGUGGCCUGGAUCCAUGGCGACACCAGGAAGGUGGUCUACCCCACCGACAGCCACGGACAGUUCUGUGGACAGCAGGGGACCCCCAACGCCAACAAAGCCAUAUUAUUCUACUUCAACAUAUUGCAAUGUGCCAAUCCUGCAGUUCUCAUUAACCUCCAGUGCCCUACAACCCAACUCUGUGUCUCCAAGUGCCCAGACAGAUUUGCCACAUACCUAGACAUGCAGUACAACUACAGGUACAACAACAGCUACUGGGAGUAUUACAGGCAGUUCUGCAAGCCGGGCUUCGACAAUCCUAGAAAGUCAGUUGCACAUGUCUUGAGAGAUGAGGACUGCCCAUCUAUGAUAGUGCCAAGCAGACCUUUCCUUCAGAGGUGCUUCCCUGACUUUAUCACCAGGAACGGGACGCUAACUGUCGCUAACAAGACAGACUUCAAAGAUGGGUUAGGUAAAACGAGGAGCGUGAUCGAUCUCAGGGACGCUGCCAAUGGCAUUACCAGUCUGCUAGAUGCCAAGGAGGUUGGCAUGAAGAUAUUUGAGGAUUACGCCAGCUCCUGGUACUGGAUCUUACUAGGUCUGGUGAUAACCAUGGUGGUCAGCCUGGCUUUUAUCCUGCUGCUACGGUUCACAGCCGGAGUUCUCCUGUGGCUCAUCAUCUUUGGAGUCCUCGCUGUGGUGGGCUAUGGGAUCUGGCACUGCUACUGGGAGUUCAGUACACUGAGAGGGAAGCCACACAGUGAUGGUGAUGUUACCAUCUCUGACAUCGGCUUUCAGACGGACUUCAGGGUUUACCUGCAGCUCAGUCAAACCUGGCUCAUCAUGAUGAUCUCCCUAUCAGUCAUUGAGGCGGUCAUCAUAGUAAUCCUGAUAUUCCUGAGGAGGAGAGUGCGUAUUGCCAUCGCUCUGCUGAAGGAGGGGAGCAGGGCCAUUGGUUACAUCAUGUCUACUCUCUUCUACCCGAUCAUCACUUUUGUGCUGCUGGCCAUCUGCAUAGCGUACUGGGCAGUCAUUGCUGUCUUCUUAGCGUCAUCUGGUGAUGCUGUCUACAAGGUCAUGUCGACGCAGGACAAAUGCAUGUAUGCCAACCUCAGCUGUGAUCCAGAGAAGUUCAGUCAGACCAACGUGACCAUGGUGUGUCCAGGCUCCCAGUGCACCUUUGCCUUCUACGGCGGCGAGAGCCUCUUCCACCACUACAUCAUUGUGCUGCAGCUGUGCAACCUGCUGGUGUUCCUGUGGCUGGUCAACUUCACCAUCGCCCUGGGACAGUGCACCCUGGCCGGGGCCUUCGCCUCCUACUACUGGGCCCUGAGGAAGCCCCAAGACAUACCAUCAUGCCCCUUGUUUUCCUCCUUUAGCAGGGCUGUACGGUACCACACAGGCUCUCUGGCAUUUGGCUCUCUGAUCCUGGCCUUUGUGCAGAUGUUUCGCAUCGUUCUAGAGUAUCUGGAUCACAAACUCAAAGGUGCUCACAAUGCUUUUGCCCGCUUCCUGAUUUGCUGUCUCAAAUGCUGCUUCUGGUGCCUGGAACAUUUCAUCAAGUUCAUGAACAGGAACUCCUACAUCAUGAUGGCGAUAUAUGGAAAGAGCUUCUGCACUUCGGCCAAAGAUGCUUUCUUCCUCCUGAUGAGGAACGUAGUAAGGGUGGCAGUGCUGGAUAAGGUGACAGACUUUCUCCUCUUCUUGGGAAAAGUGCUUAUUUCAGGGAGUGUUGGUGUUCUAGCAUUCUUCUUCUUCACCCGUAAGAUUCCAGUUAUUCAAGAGGAGGUGCCAUCACUAAAUUACUACUGGGUCCCCCUACUGACGGUGAUAUUUGGAUCCUACCUGAUCGCCCAUGGCUUCUUCAACGUCUAUGCUAUGUGUGUGGACACAUUAUUCCUUUGUUUCUGUGAAGACCUGGAGAGGAACGACGGCUCACCCCUCAAGCCCUUCUACAUGUCCCCUCAACUGCACAGGAUCCUCCGCAGAGAGCAGGGCUCCAAGCUCUACGCUUCCUCCUGAUAGGCCACCACAUUGAACCUCUUUCUCCUAUAGGCCACAACACUGAACCUCUUUCUCCUAUAGGCCACAACACUGAACCUCUUUCUCCUGAUAGCCAGAACACUUGAUACACCGAAGGACUGUCCCAUUCAGCAUCUGUGUGUGCGGGUGAUUGUGUUCUGGAGGAUACUAGAGCAGGGCCAUAUGGCUGGGCUGGACUCAUGCAUGGAGGUGACCUGACUGGUCAGGACUGACCAGGACAUGGCAGGACCCAAGAGGGUGGUGUAUGUGGGUGGGAUUUAGAAAGAGGCGUAGCUCUGUUCAACUUCCUCCCUCUCACCGCCUGCACCGCCGCUGAUACUUCUAAUAUUAGCCUUUUUUCUCUGCCGUGCUUCUGUCCCUUUGUUGUGUCGACACUCUGCUGGCCUCUGCCUUACUUAGAGAGCGCUGCAGCAGCACAGUGGACGUGGGUGAAAUUGCCAUUAGCCCAAUACACUGCAAGAGGCACAUACACUGCAGAAGGAGAUCUCUGUAUUUCGGAUGCAAUUGGUGUAGUUUUGCAGAUGGUUGUGGGGUGAUGCAAGGCAAGGGCGCCCCCAUGUGACACUACUGUGUUUGUGCAAUGGUUCCAUGUACUGUAAUGUAAGGUCAUGUGUAGGGUGAAGUUGCCCUUCGACACUGAUCUUGAGUCAGUUUAGCAUUUUCCUCAAAAAUGGUUUAAGGUUAGGUUUGGGGAAGCUGAUCCGAGAUCUGUACCAAGGGGAAACUUCAUCCCAGAGCUAUUUUUAGGCGCUCUCAUGUGUUGGAAAAUAACCCAGAGGUGGCUUUUCUGUCUAGCAUGAUUAUUUUAAUGGCUGUUUAGUCUUUGGUUGAAGAGGCACUUUUGGUCCACCAUAUUUAUUGGCACUGUUCCAGACACAGUUCAAAACUUAACGUGCAAUGCUACGGAUAGAUAAACUGGACAUACUCCUAAAUUGUGGGGCGGCAGGUAGCCUAGUGGUUAGAGCAUUGGACUAGUAACUGAAAGGAUGCAAGAUUGAAUCCCCAAGCUGACAAGGUAAACAUCUGUUGUUCUGCCCCUGAACAAGGCAGUUAACCCACUGUUCCUAGGCUGUUAUUGAAAAUAAGAAUUUGUUCUUAACUGACUUGCCUAGUUAAAUAAAGGUCAAAUAAAUUAAUACAAAUUACAUGGUUACAGACACUUGAAGGAUGUUUUGGUUUUACACUGUAAGGUGUAACACUAGAUGUUGGUUUUACACUGUAAGGUGUAACACUAGAUAUUGGUUUUACACUAAGGUGUAACACUAGAUAUUGGUUUUACACUGUAAGGUAUAACACUAGAUAUUGGUUUUACACUGUAAGGUGUAACACUAGAUAUUGGUUUUACACUGUAAGGUGUAACACUAGAUAUUGGUUUUACACUGUAAGGUGUAACACUAGAUAUUGGUUUUACACUGUAAGUGACAGUUAUAAUGUAGGCUCAGGGAGGUCAAGACUUCUGAACACAUUUGAUGCUCAUGGUGAAUGAUUUGAAUGGACCCUGACACCUUUCAGGGAUUCCGACUGCAGUUGCUAGUAAAUGUGCCUAGUUCUAAAUGGAGAAAUGUUCCUCUUUAUUGUGUUGUGGUUUUACGAUCUACCACCGAGAACCUUUUGAAAUACCAUUUAUAAAAGGAUGUUAAAGCCAUUUUUGGUAUUUUUAUAUGGAAUAGUGCAGAACUGCAGUAGUACGGUUUUUAAUACUAGGUACUGUAACACACAUCUGUUCUGAGGAUAUUUAAUGUUUUUGUACAGGAUAACUUUUUGUAUCAAUGACAUCAUGAAAAUGUGAAAUCUUUUUUUAAAUAAAUGUGAAUGAUUUCAUUAGCAAA